AAAUUAUCGCCAUGUUUACAUGUGGAUUACACGUGGAGGGGUACUGUGAAGUUGUGAAGAACACGUGCCGAGAGUGUACGAGUGAAGAAUUCACUUCGUCGAGUGAUUUGGACAAAAUUUGCAAAGCGCUGGAACUUCGGAAUAGAGAAAUCUCGAUUAUUUUGCAAUAAAGAAUGUAGAGAGAGGGACAAAGUGCAACUACCGAGAACAGAUCUGCUGUGUUACACGCGUAAUAAUCCGAUAACCGCAACGUUUGACAGAGCAUGCCAGCAACGUCACGUUUCUCCGGUUUCAAUUUGACAGCUUAGACGAUACGAAAAACAAUUGAAAAAUGUCGAGCAUGGACUGGGAAGAGGUGAAGCGGCUGGCCGCCGAUUUUCAGAAGGCACAGCUCAGCUCAACUUUGCAAAAGCUCUCAGAACGAAAUUGUGUAGAGAUUAUAACAAUGUUGGUCGAAAAUAAGCUUCUGGAUAUUAUAUUUACCAACGAUGGCAAAGAAUAUGUUACACCUCAGCAUCUUGCAAAGGAAAUCAAAGACGAAUUGUAUAUUCACAGUGGGAAAGUUAGCUUAGUCGACCUGGCGCAAAUUCUUAAUGUUAAUCUGUCACAAGUAACUAAAGUAGUAACAGAGAUCGAGAAACAUAAUAAAGAAUUGAAGGUGAUAUUGGGACAGCUCAUCGAUAAGAGUUAUAUCAACAAAAUCGCGGAGGAGAUAAAUGACAAUCUUGUACAGCAUGGUUGUAUUAAUGUAGCCGAGUUAACGCUAACCUAUAACCUACCGGCUGAUUUUUUACAAUCAGUUGUCGAAAAAGAACUUGGAAAGAUAAUACAUGCUACCCAAGACUCUCAGGAUCCUAAAGUUUUUUAUACCGAAAGCUUCAUUGCUAGAAAUAAAGCAAAAAUUAAAGGUGCUUUGUCCGCUGUCACAAAGCCUACUCCCUUAUCUGCAAUAUUGGGGCAGUGCGGUGUGCCAGAAAGAAUAUUUUUUUCGAUCCUGGAUAGUUUGCAAGAAGUAAAACAAGUGCCGGGAGUUAUAACAGGGAAACAGGGUGGAAAUAGUAUUUAUAUACCUACUAUAUACUCUAAAAGUCAAAACGAGUGGGUUGAAAACUUUUACAAGCAGAAUGGAUAUUUAGAAUACGAUGGUCUUACUAGACUCGGGAUAUCAGAUCCAUCGGGUUUUAUAAAACGUCACUUUCCAAACGAGAAUAUGGUCUUCCUGAAAUCAGUAGCUGUGGGAACAGUAAUAACCGAUCAGGUCGAUGCCAAUAUUGAAGAAGUCGUUGCAACCGGAUCCUUUGUUGAUCUGUAUCCCCUUUUACCAUCUGUAUUUAGUGACGAAGACGCGGAAAUUCUUCUCAAGUUAGCUAUAAAAAAAACGAGGGCCAAUGUGCAUAUAUUUGCAAAGACAGUUGUGGUCUCGGAGGCAUUUUUACAGACUUUAACUAAAUCCCUUGAAUCUACAGCGGAACAAAAGGCUCGAGACAUGGUAGCUAGCGGGAAAUGGAUCCAAUCUGUUGCAGAAAAUAAAUUGAAAUCUAAAUCUGUGGAUUUGAUUAUCGAAAGUAAAACGAGCAAAAAGGAAGAACGGAGAAAAAAAGCAACUAUUGGUAAAGCCGGCGGUGGUAGUCAAGGCAGAGAAACUAAGACGAAGUCUACGAAGAAAAAGUACCUUCAGGGAAAGACGCAGGAGAAUGAUUCUGACGAAGAUGAAAUAAAACAAACAGCGACCGGGAAAGGCGAGAUUAUAUUGAUAUCCGUAGAAGACGUGAAAGUGGAAGUUAUGAAAGACGAGAACGUAUCCGUUAUCGAAGAAAUGGCGGACGAAUUAGCGUAUUAUUUGCAACCAAGACUGAACAAGUCCGCAUUAUCGUUAGCGGAGCAAUUGGCGCAGUCUAAUAAGACUACGAAUUUAAGCGAGAUUGGCGAACGGUUGAAUGUUUUAAUAACGAAUAUUCGAAUAUUUGACAAAGGCAUCAAGCACUUGGACAAGGCGGAUCAAGUUUCGCUAACCAAAUACCUGCUCAAGUCCCUAGGCCUCGAUUUUGUAACGAGUAUAUUCAAAUUAGCUGCUCAACAGAAUAUGUUACAAGUGCCGGAAAAUCUCACGACGGAAACGAGACAAAAACUGCUGCUAGAAUUGCCAGCAGAUGUUAAAGAAUCGUUGGCCACUACUCAUAAAACAGUGAUGGGAGAUUCGGUGGAGGACUUUCUGAACAGCGUUGACGCAGCGAUGGCAGCCUGUUGUCUGGUCCUGAAGAAAUACGAUAAAAAGAAAGAACGUCCGCAGGUGCUAGCUCAUAGAGAAGCUCUGUUGGAAGAGUUGAAUGCUACGCAAGAUCCCGCGUUGGCAUUGCACUUGGUUACGAGUAUACUUUUCACCGCUGUCACACAAAACGCUUUACACAUGUCUGGUAGACACGUAACAACCGUGCUCGCAUUUCUUCAAAAGCAAUUGGAACCCAAUACAAUGUUGAUUCUUUCUAAAUACCAUGAUUUGGUACUUAAUUUAUUAAGUGCUUCUGAUGAAGACGCAAAAAUGGAGGCCUCCAGAGCCUUGGAAGAAGGAUUGACGAACAUAAAAAAUAUCGCAAAUGAUUUCAAGACACACACACAACACGUGAAAAUAGACAAGUCUUAAGAAAUUUAAGAGACUACACAAACGGCUGUAUAAUAUAAUGUAAUAUAGUCUAAAUCCAUUUUAUGCAGAUAUUUGUUGUAUAAUAUCAAUUAACAUGUUAUAUUUUAUAAAAAAA